AUGUCGGACCUCACAUGCUCCAGUGGAUCUGAUGCGCUUGCCACCAAAAUGUCGCCAGCGGCCGAUCCCAACAUCUUCAAACUCCUUGACCGUUCAACACCAUCGAUCAGGCUGAUCCAAAUACUGCUUGAAGACGACAGAGCCAUUUCAUGCAAGUUCCACAACUUCAACCUUGCGGAUUGCCCGCCAUAUCAAGCGCUGUCGUAUGCCUGGGGCCCAUCCGAGCCCACCGCUAACAUUGAACUUGAUGGCUCCCCGUUCACCGUUCGAGAGAAUCUUUAUCAAGCGCUUCGUGCCCUUCGUCGUUCUUUGGAAGAGGUAAUAUCCACGGGUCACCUCGGUCCUCUUAGCAAGCCCUUUACAAGCUCAUACUUUUGGGUCGAUGCCAUCUGUAUAGACCAAGCCAACGUGCUGGAACGCAAUCACCAAGUCAAUCUCAUGAGCCGCAUCUACUCCCAAGCUAGCACUGUUGCAGUAUGGCUUGGCCCUGAGACCGAGGAUAGCGCGUUAGCUAUGAAACAUUUAUCUAACAAAGUCCGAUUUCACCAAAACAUCCGAGAUGCAAUAUCUGCCCUCUGCCACCGUCCCUACUGGAACCGUCUUUGGAUUAUCCAAGAACUCGUGCUCGCAAAAUCCAUCUACGUACUUUGCGGUAGCGGAUAUCAGGACUGGGAAAAUCUCGUAAGACUAGCUUCAAAUAUGGAAGAUGAAGAUGAAGAUCACAUAAAUUCUUCCCGGACAAACUUUCUUCUCCCUGACUCUCCAGCCCGCAACGUCAUCACGUUUAGAAGCCGCUGGAAUACGCUGGAGGCGAAGAAGAAGACGCUCGACAGCUUUAUUGUGACAGGGGGAAUAGACAAAGCUGAAUGUACUGAUCCCCGUGACAGAGUUUUCGGGUUGUUGGGUCUAGUAGACGAGCUUGGAGCGAAAUCAUUGGGCAUAACGGAGGCAGAUUAUGAAAAAAGUAAAGAGGAGAUUUACUGUGAUGUUCUGCGCUUCUUGAAACACAAUCCUGACGGUCUUUCCAUGUCUUCCUUCUGGAUUGCGAAACCGUUGGCAGUCAUGCUGCGGCUGACGACUAAGGAGGACCCACGGUCGAACGGUUUCAAGCUGUUGCACGCUUUUUUCCAUCCCAGGGCUGGUGAGGUUGCUGAUGAAGAAGAGGAGCUUCGCCUUAUCCUCGAAGCUUUCGAGGAGGAGGAAUCUUAG